UGCACAUGGCUCAGCUGUAGAAUUAGCAACAGUUGAUGCUAAAGCUAACCUUAACCUUGCAGAAUAGAAGAGCUUUGUAAUUUGAGCAUGGAAGUCAGAUACUGAAACAGAGUCCUCCUCUGCAGAAUUUUAAACACUCUCCUUUCUUAGUCACGUUUUUAAAAUGCAUGUUGAACUCCAGACUCACCCCGAGGAUCCAUGUCUGCUUCCUCUCCGGUCGUUGUCUCAGUCUCCACACCUGUUGCUAGCAGUUACACGUUACAGGUUCUAGGUUCCAGGUUUCUGUGUGACAUUAGCAACGCAAGAGGAAAACGAAGAAACAGCUGUGUGUGGUUCUCUGUCAACAGACCACAAGCAUGCAUAAAUGAUCUCCUUUGAGCUGAAAUAAAACUAAUGUAGUUUCUUCACUGAGUUAAUUAAGUGGUCCUCCUGCAGAAACCUGGUCCAGGCCGAACUCUCUGAAUCAAAGAUCGUAUAUUAAGCAGAGAUGAUGAUGAUGAUGACCUCUCCUUCUGAUGGAGAGUUAAAGCUCCUGUGAGGAUUUUUAGCCGGUUAAAAAACAAACUGAAAUGUGACCUAAUGCCUCUUCAUGACUUACUAAAGCACAUCAGACCAUCAGGAGGAAGAUUGUUUAUUUGUCUGUGAGGGAUUUUACUUGAAGCAAUAUGACAGGAGCCUCCAGCCAACAUGGAGAACUCCUCCAGAGUCCGCCCCAGUCUCCCACCACGACCCAGUGUGAUGUUGAGGAAGGAGAGGGAAAGAGGACCUGCAGCACCCCCCAGAAGUCACAGAGAGAGGCCACUGAAGGAGGGCAGAGUCCCAAAGGCAUCAUCACAGAGGAAAGAGAGGGUGCUGAAGGAGAGGCCGGGGCUAAAUGACCUGAAAGCUGAGCAGGAGACUGAGCUGAGGGUGAAAUCCACUGUGGUGGACAUAGAUAGCGUGAGAGAGGAGGAGGUGAAGGAGGAGAACCUGGGGCUCCUGGAGGCAGCAGAGGAGGAUGGUCUGAAACGGAAGAACCUGGGAGUGUUAGAAUGGCUGCUGAUGGUCUUUGUCUUGGCUCUGGUUCUCAUCUUUCUUCCUUUUUCAAUCUGGUUCUGUGUCAAAGUAGUGAGGGAGCAUGAGAGAGCUGUGAUCUUCAGGCUGGGUCACCUACUGCGGGGAAGACCCAGAGGACCAGGUCUUCUUUUCUACCUCCCAUUUUUAGAUGUGUGCCACAAGGUCGACAUCCGACUGCAAAUGCUGAAGGUUCCUCUUCAUACGGUGGUGACAAAGGACCUCCUGAGGCCAGAGCUGAGUGCAGUGUGUUAUUACCAGAUAGAGAACGUGGCUUUGUGCAGCUCAGCUCUGUCCGGUCUGACAACGGUGCUGCAGACUCUGGUUCAGGCGGUGGUCAGAGACAUCCUUGCUCAGCACACGCUCAGCCAUGUCCUGCUGCACAGGAGGAAGACCGGGGAGCAGAUACAAGCGGCCGUGGACUCUGUAGCAUGCCGCUGGGGCAUCAGAGUGGAAAGAGCGGACAUAGACGAGCUCAGUAUUCCAGUGGAGUUACAGCAGAGUCUGGCUGCUGAGGCCGAGGCAAAGAGACAACAACAGACCAGAGUGAAAGCAGCAGAAGGGGACAGAGACGCCUGGGAGGGCUUCAGGGCUUCCCUCCGACUCCUUCAUCCCGCUUUAGUCCUUCCACUCCCCCCAGAUCUCCUCAGUGUGACCCCUGACCUCUCAUCACUACCACUACCUCCUCCUCCUCCCCCUCCUUCUCCUCCUCCGGGUGUGGAGGAAGACGGAGAGAGGGCAGAGAAGGAUCGGGAGACAGACUCACCAAUGAUGUGACGGACUGUUAUGAGAUGUGAUGUGACUUUUAAUGAGUUUGAAUACAUUUAAACGUGUCAGACCUACAAGAAACAUGAU